AUGGUACGCAAGGGCGACAAGGUCGUCAUUGCAGGCGACGGACAGGUAUCCCUCGGCCAGACCGUGAUCAAGCAUUCCGCCCGAAAGGUGAGACCCCUGGCCAAGGGUGAAGUGAUCGCCGGGUUCGCCGGUGCGACCGCAGACGCUUUCACCUUGUUCGAACGCCUGGAAGCGAAACUUGAACAAUAUCCCGGACAACUGAUGCGCGCCUGUGUCGAACUCGCCAAGGACUGGCGGACAGACCGGUACUUGCGACGCCUUGAAGCGAUGAUGCUGGUGGCCGACAAGAACGUGUCACUGGUUCUUACCGGGACAGGUGAUGUACUCGAGCCAGAAGGAGGCAUAAUGGGUAUCGGAUCCGGUGGUAACUAUGCACUGGCCGCGGGCAGGGCACUCGCCGAUACCGAUUUCGACGCGGAAACCAUUGCCCGCAAGGCGAUGGCUGUUGCCGCCGAGAUCUGCGUUUACACCAACUCAAGCGUAACCCUGGAAAUGCUUGAAAUCGUUUCCGAACUCGAUCGCUACAUUGUUGGCCAGAAGGAUGCCAAGCGGGCGGUGGCGAUUGCCCUGCGCAACCGUUGGCGCCGCCAACAGUUGCAGGGCCAGAUGCGGGAAGAGGUUCUGCCGAAGAAUAUUCUCAUGAUCGGACCGACCGGCGUCGGCAAGACAGAGAUUUCGCGUCGUCUCGCCAAGCUUGCGAACGCGCCUUUUUCCAAGGUGGAAGCGACGAAAUUCACCGAGGUCGGCUAUGGUGGCCGUGAUGUGGAACAGAUUGUUCGUGAUCUUGUUGAAGCGGGCAUUACCCUCAUCCGGGACAAAAAGCGCGACGAAGUGAAGGCCAAGGCCCAUGUCCUCGCCGAAGAGCGGGUCCUGGAUGCGCUGGUUGGAUCGAAUGCGAGCCCGGCUACCCGAGAUAGUUUCCGAACGAAACUGCGCGACGGCGAAAUGGACGACAAGGAAAUCGAAGUCGAGGUCCGCGCCCAGGCUCAGAUGCCGAGUUUCGAAUUGCCCGGGAUGCCCGGCGCAAGCGUCGGCGUCAUGAACAUGUCGGAUAUUCUCGGCAAGGCGUUUGGUGGCCAGACCAAGACCAAGCGGACGACCGUUCGCGAAAGUUAUGAACUUCUGAUCAAUGAGGAAUCCGACAAGCUGCUUGACGAAGACAAGGUCGUUGAAGAAGCAAUUGCGCUUGUCGAAAAUUCAGGCAUCGUUUUCCUGGACGAGAUCGACAAGAUAUGUGCGCGCGAAGGCCGAGCUGGUGCGGAUGUGUCGCGCGAAGGUGUUCAGCGGGAUCUUCUGCCCCUGAUCGAGGGAACGGUCGUUUCCACGAAACACGGCCCGGUGAAGACCGACCAUAUCCUGUUCAUUGCGUCCGGUGCCUUCCAUGUCGCCAAGCCGUCCGACCUGUUGCCGGAAUUGCAGGGGCGUCUGCCGAUCCGGGUUGAAUUGCGUGCGCUUGACAAGGACGACUUCCGCGCAAUCCUGACGGAGCCCGAGGCCAGCCUGAUCAAGCAGUAUGUUGCCUUGAUGGAGACGGAAGAAGUCACGCUCGCUUUCACCGAAGAGGCGAUUGAGGAAAUUGCAUCCGUCGCGGUUGAUCUCAAUGCAUCUGUUGAAAACAUCGGCGCGCGUCGUCUCCAGACCGUCAUGGAGCGGAUACUUGACGAAAUUUCCUUUACGGCCCCCGACAGAUCGGGAGAAGCUAUUGAGAUAACGGCGGAAUUCGUGAAGGAAAACAUCGGCGACCUGGCAAAGAACGUCGAUCUGUCGAAGUUUAUUCUGUAA